GUUAUCCUUUGCUUGGGACGGUUUUUUGUGUACAGUCGUCUGGUACGGUUUUCGGGGUUGGGGCUUUGUUUUGGGAAAGCUCCGGCGUGUACAAAACAGGCAACAGCGUUAUAGCAAGUGCCCACAUUUUAGAGCAAGUGAAAGAACCAAACUAGUACGUGUGUUGCCUUCCCGCUAGCGUUCUAUCUCACUCUUUCGCUUUCUCAAAUACACUUUCUCGAUCCCUCUAUCUCUCCCUUUUUUACCCUUUUUUCAUAUUCACACAAGGGUCAGGAAACGAAUAAAUUGCGUCGAAAUAUCCUUACAGCAAUCGACCGGAGCAUUACGGCCAGCGUUAGUGAGCCAGUAGUAGGUAUCUGGUGGCUGGUGUACUCACAUCAGCUGUGCUAUCAGACUGCUAGUGUUACGAAUAUCACAUCAAGCUACCCGGAAGUAAAGCUCACCAAGCAGGGAAGGUAUUGUAGCAGAUGGAUAGCAACCCGAACCGUUUGGAGCCGGAAUUACCAUCAGACGACGGUCAGCAACCGAUCAUCCUGCCGGAUGACACCAAAAGCACGUCGGAAAAUGAUGGCCGGGGCAUUAAAACGCAACCGAUGCCAGCGAUCGAGUCACAAAAUCCGCGCCUUCUAUCCUCGCUGUACAGCUUUCUCGUGAUCGUCAGCUUCUUUCUAGUCGGUUUUGCCGCAUUUCGCAACACACUGACCUGGCAUCUGCAACGGUUCUGGGGCGCGUCCGGUGAUUUCUGGCAGUCCCAGUGGGACCGUUUCAUCGAUUUCACUGGUGACGAUCCUGCCAGGUUGUGGGUGCUGAGUACCACCAUCUUUACGAUGGCGGUGUAUUGGGUGUUCGGUGGCAUCUACACGCUGUUCGACGUAACCUGCCGACCGGCGAUCAUACGCCGAUACAAGAUGCAGCCGGGUACGAACGAACCGGUCGAUCGGCGCCGGCUGGCAAAGGUAAUAGCGACCGUACUGAUGAACCAAACGGUGGUCGGCAUACCGAUGGCGUACUGCAUGUACCAGGCGAUGCGUUUCCGCGGGCUGAAUGAUUUGCGUGAACUGCCCACCUUUCACUGGGUGCUGGCGGAGCUGUCGUUUUGCAUCUUCAUCGAGGAGAUUGGGUUUUACUAUGCGCAUCGGCUGCUGCACAGCCGCCGGAUCUACCGGUACAUCCACAAGCAACACCACGAAUGGACGGCCCCGAUCGCCAUCACCGCCAUCUACUGCCAUCCGGUUGAGCACGUGUUUAGUAACCUGGUACCACCGUUUCUGGGCAUCUUUAUGCUCGGCAGCCACGUGGCAGUGGCCUGGCUGUGGUUUACGCUCGUGAUACUGUCCACGCUGAAUGCCCAUUCCGGCUACCAUCUGCCAUUUUUUCCCAGCCCCGAAGCGCACGACUUCCAUCAUCUCAAGUUUAAUCAAUGUUUUGGUGUGCUUGGCGUGCUCGAUCGACUCCACGGUACGGACGCACUGUUCCGUACCACGAAGGCAUACGCGCGACACAUCAUGAUGUUGAGCUUCAUACCUGCCCGUGAAGCAUUCCCCGAACCGGCCAAAAAGGCAUUCUGAGAAGGGUUGUUAUCCCACACGUCACAUACAGCCAGUUAGACACAGGCACUGAAUCCUGGUCACGGCAGCAGUUUAUCAAAAAAAAACCCACAUCUACUCACAUCUGUAUCACAUCACGAUCAACACAACCACAAACCUCCGAACGGAAACGGAAAUCGGCUUCAAAUCAAUGUUUGAUGUCAGCGUACUUACUGCUACUAUUCUAGGUAUCCUUACGUCCCCACACACACACUCACACAACUUGAACUGGACCACGAUGGAACGCGGGGAAAGAGAAAAAAGUCUAUCAUGAUGUACCACUGAAUCUUACUAUUACUCCCCACUAUAUGUCCAGCAUGUACUUUUGUUUACGAAUGUCAAAACGAUUACUUAAUAAACUUCACAACUACACCAAACGUCCGAUAAGGUGACGCUACACUGUAA